CAUUUAAAUGCUUGAAAUAUAUCUUUCGAAUUCGACUUUCCUCAUUUUCGACAUAAAUAUCUACAAAACGCUGAGAGAGCAACAUAGAAUAGUUGCAAAACUAUGUGGAUCAGCAAAUGACAAGCAUUCGCCGGAUUCUCUGUACGUCUGCAACCUACCUGCUGUAUUGGUACAAGAGCAGGCAAGAUAUUUAUCUGUGAGAGGGGUUGCUCAAGUUUAUGAUUUGGGCACCAAGGUAUUGAACAAAAAAAAAGAAGACCCGAUUGAGAAGGAUGCAGGCGUGUGUGAAGACAAUAACGAGGCUGUCAUGGCUUCAAAUUGUGAUAUAAACCAUAAAGAAAGCAAUGAGACGAUGGGCGAUGCUAAACAACACGUAGUUAGUCGAAGUAAGUGUUCUGGAAAAACUGAUUGCAAACGGAGCAGAACCCAAACUAUGACUGUUGAAGAGUUAGCCGAUCGGCUUAUGAGUGAACAAAUCAGAAAGCGACAGAAAAUGUUGAAGUCCGACAGUCUAACUGAAUUCACGAAGGCUCGGCAGGAAACCUUGACCAAAUUAAGACGUGAACACUUUUUAGAAAUCGCUGAGAAGGUUUUGCACAAGGAGGAACAGAAAAGUACGAAGGUUGUUUUUGAAGAGCCGUUGAUGAAUAUUGAUUCUUGGGGAGAAUACGCAGAAUACAAAUUUAAAAAUUUCAUCAAUGCACAUGAAGAGUGUAGAUAUCGUGUGUUCUGUGAUUUACAUGAAAAGGGCUUCUUUCUUACUUCUGCGUGCAAGUUCGGAGCUGACUUUCUCGUGUACGAGGGAGAUCCAAUGGUGCAUCAUGCAUCCUAUACUGCUGUGUGUUUAGACAGUGAUCAUAUACAGUUGCACUCAGUCCUAUCUCAGAUCCGAGUGUCUCACUCGGUUGGGAAGAAGUUACUCCUGUGUCGACUGGUACAUGAGAACAAUGGAAUUGAUACUAUUGGUGCCUUACAGCCUACUGUGAAGUAUACUUUGAUGGAUUAUGAAAAGCCACAUUGAAUCCGAUGAUCACAAUCUUCGCGUUCGGUGUAGAUUGAAUUGGUGUACCUUUUAAAGCAGUUCAAAUUGUUGAGAUAUCCAAGCAAAUAUCAUGCGAAAAUGAGUCGUCGAGAUUUGAAGAGAAGACGCGUUUGAUCAAAAAAGAGUCUAAGACCGGGGAUUGAAAACUCGAGUUUGAAACAAAAAAAAACAACAA